AAAUCUGUUUGGCUGUGCAUGUUUUAAUUUGUUUUAAAAGUAAAUUUAAUUCAAUUUUUGUACUUACGAAAAAAGUUAUUAAUGUGUCGUUCGUAGUUUGCGGCUGAAGAGUUUUUUUUUAUAAUAUCGCUGAUUUAUUAAUUAAAAUUUAAAAGCUCAAGUUCUUCUCAAAUCAUGUCUUAAAUUAAAUUGAAAUGUCAGCUGGCUUGUCUGUUGGUGUGGAUACUUCAUCAGCAGCAGAUGCUGGUGGUGUCAGUGAUUCUACUCCUACUGCAACUAGUCCUCCUACUAAUCAUGAUAGAAAGAGUUUGCACUUAUGGCUGGAGAUAACAGUGAAUGAUCCUGAAAAAAGAAAUGCAAACAUGAAAGAGUCUUAUGUUGUUUACUGCAUUGAAACCCGGGUCAUCGACAGCAACAUGCCUAAAUAUGGUGAUGCACCAACCAGCUGUUGGAGGAGGUAUUCGGAAUUUGAACUUCUCAGAAACUAUUUAAUAUCUUUCUACCCCAACCUGAUUAUUCCCCCUUUGCCUUAUAAAAAGGCACCUCAGUUCAUUGGUAGGUCCUCAAUUCCUCUGUCAUUAUAUAACAGAACUGAAAGUGAUUUCAUUGAAAAAAGAAGGAUAGGCCUGGAGAAAUUUCUCAUGAGGAUAGCCAAACACAAAAUUCUUUCAAUGGACAAGAUAUUUUUCUGCUUUCUAUUCGAGGAUUCUGCUAUAUGGAGAGAUAGAUUGGCUGCAUGUGACUGCAAGAGCAAGACAGAUUUCAAGGCACUGACUUCGAUAAUGAUGGCGAUAAAGAAGAAGAAAGGCUCAUCACUUAAUGGGAAUGAACAGUUGCACAAGGAAAAAAUAUACAGUGACAACGUCAUCAGCUGUAUCAACACUCUCAUCAAGAUAAGAGGGAGAAUCUUGAACAGCGAAAAUAUUGUUCAUCGUUACCACGGAGAUUAUGGGAAAGUGAUGAUUGAAUGGUGGGCAGUUGAAGAUGGCUUUGGGGGGCUGCAAGCCGCUAGUCACUACCUCGAUGCGUUCUCUCAGAACGUCGAGCCAUUCAUGGACGAGGAAGAUGUUUUAAUGGAGUCCCUUCAUGACUGCCUGCGUUAUGUUCAUUCAUUGAGAAAAGUUUGUCUCAGAGAAGAGAUGAUGCUACUAAAUAGUGAAGAGUUGGAGGCAAGUUUGAGGAAUAAAGAAAGCCAGAAGAACUUGGUGCAGCAGCAGCAGCAAGAAAGACAGAUGGAAGGUGUAGGUGUCAAGAAUUCGUUAAUGAAAAAUAUGAAAGAGCGGAUAUUUGGUUGCGAAUCAAAUGAAGAGAGGGAGGCUCAUUUGAAAUGCAUCGAACACGAUAUUCACAUCUCCAAAGAGAUGUUCCAUGCUUUACAACGGGACACCAAGAACGCCUGUGAAACGGCCACGGAAGAUAUUCGGCGUUUUCACGCUGAAAAAAAUUCAGACAUCAGUCACAUUUUGCUUAGGAUGGCGUUUGUACAGAUUGAAAAAUCAAAAAAGAAUGUGACGGUCUGGCAAAAUAUAAAAGAGAGUUUCCACAAGUUGUGAACGUGGCCUACACAGGAAUCUCAAUUUUUUUCGUAUUUAAUGUUUCACUGUAAAGGAAAGUUGUUAACUUUUUAAUGUUGACUCUACAAUAAUAUAUAGAAUAAUUUUUGUUUAGCAGCCUGGUGCAGAAUAUUUAAUUUGGCGUUCCUUCUUCGAGAAAUAUGUCAAAUUUGGUUGUCUUGAUUUGUUUGUAUUAUGUAUUGUGUCGGUACAAAGAAAGUACACGCGUAUUAGGUAAUUGAUGGUGAGUUGUGUUUGUGUUACAGCAAUGAAUUUGAAUUUUUUCACAAUUCUAAACACUCUUACUAUUCCUCCUAUUAUCUUACCUGAUUCUAAAACUCGAUGUUUCUUACAAGUUUCGCAGUCCAUGCUCUAUCUUUGAUUCUAGCACGUCUCUUUCUUCUCAGAUUGAUAGUGUUACUAGAGUUCUUACUUUCAUCUACGCAGAAUAAAAACUUUUGCUUUUCCAUGGCGGUCCUACUCUUUUCCUUCUUGUUUCUUCUUUUUUAGUUUUGUAUAGAGCGCUCCUGCCCCUAACCCUAUAUAACUCUAUGUAACUAUAUACAACUUUAUAUAACGUGGGGCUGCGAGUGGUGUGUUUCUGGUUUGUUUUGUUGAAUUGGUAUUAUUGAGCCGAUGAAUGAUUGCUAUAUAUUGAUACUUUAAGUUAUGUUUUUCUUGUAAGUGUGUUAAACUGAUGAUGAUUGAAUCGUUGCUGGUAGUUGAAUCGUGUGCGGUGUGUUUCUUGUUUGAGUGAUUUAAUUGACUUAUGUUGGAUCAUUGAAGUAUUAGAAUGAGUGUAAUAGAAUGAGGUAUUUAUAAUUUAUUCUUUAUUUUGCCUAAUAUUUAAUAUUUGCCGAUAUUUUGGUUUAUUUCUUUUUGAUAAUAACAUCUCGAAAAUAUUUUAUAACUUUCUAGUAAUUUUA